AUGGUUUUUCCACCCAAGAACAAUUUCAUCUCCUCCGCUGCAUACAAUGCCCUUCCACGUCUGAAUGAGGUGGCAUCUGUUGUCAAAGAUCAUGCAAAUAACCUGAAUGCCCUCCGUGCCGUUCUCAGAAAGCACAAUGUCCCCUGCGGCGUCUCCGUUCGCUUGAUCCAUAAACACUUCGAUAUCACAGACGGUGAAGUCAUGUCCUUAAAGGAUGUCCCAGUCCCAUCCAACGGCACCGUUUACUCCCUAGGCCCACUGAAGCCCGCCCAAGAACCCUCGCAGCUCCGCCCCGUUCAUUAUUUCUUGAACGAAGCCGGGUCAUUCCAAGCCUACGAAUACACAAGCGCACAAGUCCCCGACAUAUCAGGAUACGAGUCAUUCCUUGCUGAGUUCGGCACCCUUCUCGUCAAGCGCGGUCUACAGCGCAAACUAGGCCUGAAAUUGAAUAGCAAAAUAGACGAGACGGGCUGGGUGGAAUUCGAGUUUCGCGAGAAACGUAGUACUAUCAUUUUGCCCGAGGGAUGCCCAUACCGGAGGGGAUCAACCCGGAUUCUGAAUCCAAUAUACCCACGGAGUGGGGUGCGAUAG